AUGGAGAAAGACAAGGUGAAGUUCGAGGGCCGUGAGAUCGAUCUUGGGUGGCUGCACCAGCCGCAGGUGGACAAAACAUUGGAUCCUGCGGAAGCUAUGGCGUCAAUGUCAGAACACCGACGCUUCGUGCAGGUGGCCAUCCGAACUCUCGCGCAGGAGAGGGAGGAACUGAUUGCGCAAGGCCGCAAAGUCAUCUGCGCCGACAACCGUCUGAUCUGCGACGCCGUGCCCUUGAAAUACGGCCGCCAGAUGUGGUUCGGCUACAUCGGCCAGGUGGAGAUCGUGAAUGGCGGGCCUGGGGUUGGUGGCCGACUCAACCCCGCGCGAGCGACCUUGAGCUUAAACCUUGUGGCAUCUGUGGGUCUUCCCGACAUGUCGGUCAUUGACCUGCUGGGGAAGCUGGGCGCCAAAAGGCCUGGAGAUUGGUAUAGUGAGGAGGAAUGCAAGAAGGAUGUGGUCUGGAAUUAUUGGGACAGGCGAUACACAACCAUGCGCGACUCACUUCGAGGAGAGCUUGGCCUACGAAAGCUGCGAGUCAGAGCGGAAUAUGGCCAGGUGAAGGUCAAGGGCAAGUUGGUGUACGGGCUGACCGACAAGCCCGCGAACCGUUAUCAGUUCGAUUGCGAAGAGAUGGGUGGCAAGGUGGACGUCGCCGCCUAUUUCAAGCAUAAGCACGGCCUGACCCUCAAACAUCCUGAUCUUCCGUGUAUCCAGCUGGGAAACGCGCGAAACUGCAUUCCCAUGGAGUACAUCUAUGUCAUGGGUGGUGAGCACAAUCUGGCGGUGGGAAAGCUGCGGCCGGAAUUCCAGCAGGAGGUGACGAGGAGGACAGCCAUGCAGCCCUCCGCCCGGCGAGACCAGAUCAUGCAAGCCCUGAACAAUACACAGCUAGGCCCUUCUGCCGCCCUGAAGCCAAAGGGAGUCGACGUGGCGUUCGAGAUGCUCGCCGUUACCGGCAGGCUGUUGGACACGCCAAAGCUGCGAGAUGGCAGCAGCGCCGUCAUGAGAGACUCCACGAACUACUCCAACAACUUCAAGACCCUCGCGCCCCCGAAGUUCAACGUUUCCUGGGGCCUUUGGACCUUCACGACAGAGAGAAGUCCCAGUGAGAGAGACAUCCAAUGGUUCGCGGAUCAGUUGACGAAGCGGUGCUACAGCAAGGGCAUGAACUUUUCAGACGCGAAGUUUGUGGAGUGGCCGGAGGAGGCCUUCAACUCCUACUUCCGUUGCCACAAGAACAGGGAGGCCUUCUCUCCGGAGAUGGGCAAUGUGAUCCGAAAGGAGCUCAACAGAGUGGCGACGGCGCAUAAGGACCUCAAGCUGCUGGUUAUCCUGCUGGACAACAGUGAGGCCAUCACAGACCACCUUUACAAGCUCGUCAAGCUCAUCACAGAGACCGAGAUGGGCACCUUCACCACACAGUUCGUCAAUUGCAAGAAGGGCAUUGAGGACGCAGAGAAGAAGCUCAACAACCUCAUGCUGAAGAUCACCCCCAAACUCCCGGAAAUGCCGACUGGCCGUCGGGCGGCUCACAACGUGGCACUCUCGGAGCCGCACCCGCUUCUCAGGAAGGAGGAGGCCACCAUGAUCAUGGGUGCUGACGUGACCCACAAGGUUGCCGGUAUCAGUGUGGCCGGAGUUGUGGGUUCCGCGGAUUCAAGCUACGCAUCUUACUUCCACCAGAUCCGGGGCCAAUCGCCAUACACGCUCAAUACGCUCAAGCAAAGAAAUCGCCAAAGCGAAGAGCGUAUCAUUGACUUGACCAGUAUGACAUUCAACAUUCUGGAGAAGUGGAGAAGCAUGAACAAGAAGCUCCCCGAUACGAUCAUCUACUACCGCCAGCGGGAGCCGAGGCUGGAUGAUGCCUUCAAGAAGAUCAGCACCACGUACGACCCGAAGCUGGUGAUCAUUGUGGGCCAGAAGCGCCACCAGACGCGCCUUUGGAUGCAGGAUGGCGGCCUUCAAGAUGACAAGGGCAAGGGAAAAGGAAAGGACAAGGGGAAGGACGACAAAGGCAAAGGCAAGGGCAAAGGAAAGGACACUGCGCAGGUUCCUCCUGGUACGGUGGCCAGCGAGGGCAUAGCCCAGCCAUCGCAUUUGAACUUCUUCCUGGUCUCACAGCUAGGUAUUCAAGGCACGUCAGUGCCUUGCCACUACCACAUCCUGCACCUGGACAAGCGUCUCGUGAAGAAAGGAAUCACUGUGGAUGACUUUGAAACCAUCACAUUCCAGUUGUGCCACAUGUACUCGCGGGCUGACAAAUCUGUGGGCUACGCGACGCCGGCUUACAUGGCCGACCAUGUUUGUGAGCGCGGCAAGCACUACCUUGAGGCGAACUUCGGGUCCUCGGAUGUGAUGAGCACCCACGGUUCCUCCACGAGCGAGGAGAAGCAGGAUGAGAACUUGCGAAAGCAGAUUGAGGAAAGAACUAGCUGGCUGAACGAUCGCGCAGCGCAGAGUUCCCGCCUGAAUCUCAACGGGCUUCAGCUGUACUGCUGA